AUGACGACGCCGGCGACAACAGACAAAAACAACGACAACGACAACGACAAUAACAACAGCAACAACAAGUCCUAUGAAAACCGGCAACACCAUGACAUGCCCCGAACAACAACAACAACAAUAACAGCCGGAAAAGUGUCGGAAAAAAUGAGAGAGGAAAAUAUAUGGCAUACACUUAGGCGCGCCAAGUCGCUUACUGACUUUUCGCCUAUCUUCUCCGCUUGAUUUCCCUGC